CCCUUUGACGAUCCCGAAGCAGACUUCAUCCUCCGUUCAUCCGACCGUAUUGACUUCCGAGUCUCUAGGUUCAUCCUCAGAGUCUCCUCGGACUUCUUUGCCACUAUGUUCGUGGCCGGCCAGGCCGAGAACGAGGAGAAUCGAGACGGCUGUCCGAUCGUCCCGAUGCAUGAGGAUAGCGAGACUCUGGACAGUCUCUUGCGCAUCAUAUAUCCCAAGAAAGCUCCCAUACUCGACGAUCUUGCAAAGAUUCACGCCGUCUUGGCGGCGGCGCUCAAGUUUGACAUGGAGAAGCCGAUUGAUGUCGUGGGGGCGACUCUGUGCUCCUUCAUACCGAAUGAACCCCUUCGUGUCUGGGCGAUCGCCGUUCGUAACAGACUGGAGCCAGAAGCACGCGCUGCCGCCGACGAGAUCGUUUGUCAGGUCGACCUAUCUGUCUUCAACUUCCCGCCCGAAAUGCAGCAUAUCAGCGCCGGGGCGUACUACCGCCUUUUGCGAUAC